AUGGCCCAGAACAAAGACAGCGUAGCAUAUCUCGGGCCAAAAGCUUCAUAUACUCACCAGGCAGCCCUAGACCGCUUCCCAGAAACAGAACAUGAGCUCGUCCCACAAACAACAAUAGAAGACGUUUUCGCCUCCGUCCAAUCCGGCCAGGUCAAACAAGGCGUCGUACCGUUCGAGAACUCCUCUAAUGGCUCCGUGGUCUUCACCUUGGACCUCUUUGCAGAUCCGACCGGAAAGUAUCCCGAUAUUCUGGUCUGCGGCGAGAUCUAUCUACUCGUACACCACUGCCUGCUCGGUCAUGCUGCCAAUUCCUCCUUCAGCGACAAAUCCACUAGCAAUGGAACAGCUACUGACGGUGAGGGUACGACCUCGCCGGCAAAGCCGCUAUACGAUCUGAGCAGUGUCAAGAAACUCUACUCGCAUCCUCAAGCCUGGGGCCAAUGCAAUAUCUUCUUGUCGAAAUACCUAAAGGGCAUUGAGAGACUAGACGUCUCGUCAACGUCGAAAGCGGCUGAAGUCGUGGCACAGGAUACUACGGGAGCGAGUGCAGCGAUCAGUAGUCGAGUCGCCGGGGAUCUCAACGGGCUAGAAGUACUGGGUGAGAACAUCGAGGACAAGGCUGGAAAUAGCACAAGGUUUUUCGUGCUCCGGCGGAAAGAUGACCAGACUUUUGUGGCAGCGGAUGGAGAAGCAAACGAAAAUGAGACACGAUACAAAACGCUGGUCUCCUUCACAGUUGCUCACGGAGAAACGGGUGCUUUGGCAGAUUGUCUGGCAGUGUUCAAGAAGUAUCCUGACCAUUUUAUACACACCUCCAACGCAAAACCCUGCUAA